UCUCCCUCCCCCCAACUAGCUAACAGCGGCGGCGGCGGCGGCGGCAGAUACCACUGCUACGAUCAAUGGAGGACAUGGAGGCGGAGUACAGCCUCUACUGGGAAACCAAGAGGUUCAUCGACUCGGAGGAGCUGGAGAGGUUCUUCGCUGACCAACUUUCGACUCCCUUUCUGCUCCCGGCUUGCCAAUCCCUUCCCUUCCUGAUCAAGCAAGCCGCCGGGCCUUGAUCUCCUCUUCUUUCCUGCGUUUAGUUUCACUCUCUUGAUCGAGAUAGAGAGAGGAUUCAUCCCAACAUAUCAGAAUCCAGCGAGAGAAUCCAUCAUCUUUAUUAUAAGUAGCAGGCAGCAUAAGAGCCUUAUGGCUUGUGUUGCUGCUUCUCUUGUUCCUUCUUCCAGAUGAAUUUGACUGACUCGAACAGUUGCCCGCAUGAAUGGUGGCUACUAUGAUUCGAGUUCCCCCGAAGGCACCACGUCCUCCACCACCGCCAAGAACAUUGCGUUGGAGAGGAAUCGGCGGAAGAAGCUGAACGAAAAGCUUUACGCGCUCCGAAGUGUCGUCCCCAACAUCACCAAGAUGGAUAAGGCGUCGAUCAUAAAAGACGCCAUCGAUUACAUCAAGCAGCUUCAAGAACAAGAGAAGGUGAUGCUGGCGGAGAUCUCUGAGCUCGAGUCGCUCAAAGAGGAGAAGGUGUCGUCGAUCGGUGACCUCGAGUUUGAUGAUCUAUACUUCAUGCAGAGGAAGAAGAAGCGAACCGCGCAGGGCUCCUCGUCUGCGGGUUCCCCAAGCUCGCCGCCCAUCGAAGUACAGGAACUCAGAGUGAGUGAAAUGGGCGAGAAGACCAUGGUCGUGAGCAUCACCUGCAACAAGAAGAGGGACACCAUGAUCAAGGUGUGCGAGGUUUUCGAGUCGCUCAACCUCAAAGUCCUCACAGCCAACAUCACCAAUGUUUCUGGCAGCCUGCUGCACACUCUGUUCAUCGAGGAUCUUUCUUCUGCCACACAGCAGGAACAAGUGCUAGGUCAUUUUUACCAAAAGGAAGACUUAGCUUCUACACAAACACCUUUCACAUGGUUGAAAAGGAUUUGUUUGUCACAAGUCCAACAAAUGGAUGCUUUCUUUUUCAUUUGUGACUGAUGAAAUGGGCAGUGCUCAAGUGAAGGAAAAGAUUGAGGCAGCAAUUGCAGAUCUCGAUAGCCCAAGGAGCCCUAUAAGUUCUCUCAGUUUUUAACUCUCUUGUUUGUUCUCUACCAUGCAGCAAUCCACAGGGAUAAGUACUUUUUCUAGUUAAUAAUCAUAGCAGUCUCCUCUUUUUUCCAGCCUUCCCAUCCUUGGACUAGAUUGUAGUUGCUGUUGUGUGCCAAUCACUUUUUUGACAUGGAUGUAUGACAUCAACUUUGAUGCUGAAUCAAAGAUCUGCACUGCACUUAUCUGUCA